CGCCUGUCAGUGCAACAUGUGUUUUGCUGGCUGUUGUCUGGAUGUGAAAUGGGAUCAUUUUUUGACUUGAAGGACUCUGGCAAGGCAUCUAGCAGUCGGAAUGACAUUUAAAACAGCAUGCACUGUUGGCUCCAGAAACUGUUGAAAUCAAAAGGGCCUUUAUCAGCACAACAUGGAGCCAAGGCGAGAGUGGCACAGUCUUCAACCUCCUCCUCAUCCUCAGCUGCACUGUCCUCACUGGGCACAGCCCCAUCUAAACCUCUCCAGCCAUCUUUUGCUUUGAGCUCGCCACAGAGAUGGAGCAGAAAGUAUGAUGUGCUGGUGUGUCACAGCUCUGUGGACAGUGAUGCUGAAGAGGCUCAACGCCUCGUCUCUUUCCUGGAGGCUUCCUCCAGUGGUUUUAGGUGCUUUCUUCGGGAGAGAGACAGCUGUCCAGGAGGGGCAAUUUCUACAGAACUAUGUGACGCUGUGGAGAACAGCCACCUAUGGGCUCUGCUAAUCACCCCAAGCUUUCUACAGGACAAUUGGUGCCAAUUUGUGACCCAGCAGGCUCUAUCAGAGGGGCCGAUGUCCCAUCGGACUAUUCCACUGGUUAAGAACCUGCACCGCUCCCAGGUGCCUCGGGAGCUGAGGUUCUUUUUCAACAUUGACCUGAACAACAACCCUGACCGAGGCUACAAUCUACUCCAUCGAACAGUGCUCUGCUACCUGGAAGAGUUGGUUAAGAAAUAUAAAGACACGUGACUGCACGUAAGACUUCAAGUAUCUUGGGGUCUUGUUCACAAGUGAGGGUAAAAGGGAGAGGGAGAUUGACAGGUGGAUUGGUGCAGCAUCAGCAGUACUGCUGGCAUUGUGUAGGACUGUUGUGGUGAUUAGGGAGCUGAGCCAGAAGGCAAAGCUCUCAAUUUACUCCUCGAUCUACCUCCCAGACCUCACUCAUGGUCAUGAACUCUGGGGAAUGACCAAAGAAUGAGAUCGUGGAUACAAGCGGCCGAAAUGAGUUUCAUCUGGAGGGUGCCUGGACUCAGCCUCAGUGAUAGGGUGAGAAGUUCAGACAUAAGGAGGGAACUAGGAGUAGAGUUGCUGCUCCUUCGAAUCAAGGAGCCAGUUGAGGUGGUUCGGGUGUCAGAUCAGGAUGCCUCCUGCACGCCUCCCUUUGGAAGUAUUCUGGGCACGUCCCGAAACCGUAUUCCGCAACCUCAGGGAAAUCCAAAAAUGUACUGAAGGGAUUGCAUACCCUGUCUGGUCUGGGAACACCUCAGGGUCCCCUAGAAGGAGUUGGAAAGUGUCGCUGGGAAGAGGGAUGUCUGGGUUGACUUGCUUAGUCUGCUACCGCCGUGACCCUGCCCCGGAUAAGUGGGCAAUGGAUGGAAGGAUGGAUGAUGUGACUGUUACUUGGGACACUCUGGCAAAUAAUUUAAUGGAGAUUUCUGUUCAAAAAGACAAAUUGGACAUAAACCUAUCAUUCAGCUGAGAGUUUACUUCCACUGGUGAUAAAAGGAAGAGACGGGAGCUUCAGAACGGUUCAAGAACUGAUGAGAAAGAAGUUGCUCUUUGUGGACAGCACUGCUGCUUUUGACUUGUUUCAACUGCAUUCAAUACAACAGCCACAUGAUUUUAAACAAUCUUUACCAGCCCUGGGCUUUUUGGUUGUUUAAAAUAAAGGUGCAAGUCAUUUAAAGCAACAGUAUGUAGGAAUUCAACCAAGAGUGUCUAAGUGCAACUGCACUGUAGUAAAUAGCACAGAUGUGCAAACAUGACUCUGCUAGUCUCUAACGGCAAACAGUUUGUAUGUGGAGUAUGGGUAUGUGUGUCUAACUGUUACCAUGAUGUCUAAAGGCUGUGGUUAAAUGACUACACUGGUCAGUUAUUACCUGGCAGGUGAGACAGGUUUGUAAACUAUUAAAACUAAGGUGAAAAUGGAAAAAGAGAAAACAUUGGGCAUAAGAUGGGGUUAUUUAUUUAUUUGUAUGCAACCCUGAUACAUACUUCAGGUGAAAUCACCUUCAGCACUGUGUAAAGCCUCUACACAUGAUAAUGUGAUGACACACAACAACAAAGCCUAAAGAUUUUGUACAAUCUGUUAUGAAUAAAAUG